UGUACACUACUCUACGAUCCUCUGUCACCCAUGUACACUACUCUACGAUCCUCUGUCACCCAUGUACACUCCUCUACACCCCUCUGACACCACUCCUCUGUUACCAUGUACACUCCUCUACGCUCCUCUAUCACCCAUGUACACUCCUCUACACACCCAACACCUCUCUGUCACCCAUGUACACCCCUCUGUCACUCCCUAUGCCCACUGUCACGCAUGUACCCCCUUCUAUCACCAAUGUACAGCCCUACACCCUUCUGUUAUCCAUGUAUACUACUCUGCGCUCCUCUGUCACCCAUGUACACCCCUCUACACCCAUCUGUUACCCAUUGACACUCCUCUAAGCUCCUCCGUCACCGAUGUACACUCCUCUACACCCCUCUAUCACAAAUGUACACCCCUACACCCUUCUGUUAUCCAUGUAUACUAUUCUGCACUCCUCUGUCACCCACAUACACUCCUCUACACCCCCAACACCUCUCUGUCACCAAUGUACACCACUCUGUCACCCCCUACGCCCCCUUUCACCCAUUUACACCCAUCUAUCACUCAUAUACACUCCUCUAAACCACUCUGCCACCCAAGUACACAUCUCUACACCCCCAACACACCUCUGUCACCUAUGUACACCCUUCUAUCACCCCGUACACCCCUCUUUCACCCCCUACGUCCCCCUGUCACCCAUGUACACUACUAUACGAUCCUCUGUCACCCAUGUACACUCCUCUACACCCCUCUGACACCACUCCUCUGUUACCAUGUACACUCCUCUACGCUCCUCUAUCACCCAUGUACACUCCUCUACACACCCAACACCUCUCUGUCACCCAUGUACACCCCUCUGUCACUCCCUAUGCCCACUGUCACGCAUGUACCCCCAUCUAUCACCCAUGUACACUCCUUGACACUCCUGUUACCCAUGUUCACCUUUCUGCUACCUUUUUACUCGUCAACUUUAGAAUGUUCCUAAUCUCUGUACCUGAGAUAUGGUUGUGUUAUAUAUAAAGCUGUCCAUAGACGAUAUACUUAUUAAAAACACAUAUAUCUUCAUGUAUACGGGAAAGACUAUGACAUGUCUGCAGGUCUAGAUUUUACAUCUAGCCUGAUUGUUAUCAGUAAUUAAUAUAAAUAUUAAUU